AUGAUUUUGCAUUUCCGGGGGAGAGACCUGUAUGUAAACAAUACAGUUCUCUACCCUGUCAGCUCCUGCGCAAUGAUUUUUAUGGCUCUGCAUAGCAGAGUCAUACAAAGCAAUGUGCUUACACUGUAAAACACACACACAGUGAAAUAGCACACAGUUAACCCUUAGAUCGCCCCAGAUGUUAACCCCUUCCUGCCCAGUGUUAUUAGUACAGUGUCAGUGCUUUUUAUUAGCACUGAUCACUGUAUUGGUGUCACUGAGGAUGUCAGUGACACCAAGUCCGUUCCUCCCCCAGUUUCAGAAUGCCUGCUGCAGUCCCACUAUA